UAAAUAGUCCGCCGGGCUCAUGUUAUGCAACUUUCUCGCAAAUAAACAAAGCAAAAGUGAAAAGACAGCUUUAAAAGUUUAAUUUUAUUUAAUUAACCAACUUGAAAAGAACUUAAUAAUUCCAGCAAGCUGAACUAUUUGUUGCCGUUUAUUUCGUAUGAAAUUUCAAAUAACAACAUGAAUUUCAAUGUCGAUCAGGUCGACUCACAAAUCAACAUAGUUCCAGAAUCUCCCCCUAUGUCUCAGAUACAAACAGAGUCGCAAUCUGACCUCCUUUCGAAACUAGCGAAAUCGGAUGACGAUGAAGAAUGUUACAUUAUUGAAGAUUCAUGUUCUCAAAAAGGAUGGACAAAGCCUGAUGAUAAAGAAGGGACUGCUACUAAUGAUGAAGUUCUAAUUGAAGAUUAUGACGAUGACCCCAAGGAUGCUUGUUUACGCCAGUCAACUGAUUUUAUUAUCGACGUUGAAAUGGAGGACGAUGACGAUGACAUCAGUUUCCUUCAUGACGUAGAAAGGUUAGAACAGGAAGCAAUGUUAGUGUCUGAACCUGGACCCUCCCGCAGUAUGGAGACUAACGAUCGGUUGGGUUGGACAAUUCCUUCUAAAACUUCUGAUGCUGACUUCAACCUUAAUGCUCAAAGAGCACAAAUGCAACGUACAGACGAUGAACGACUACAGGAUGUGAGAAAUAUGAAACGACUAGAUCCAAGCGAACGCAUUUUUCCAGACGUCAAGUCCAAUAGUUUCCACACUCUGGCAUUUUUCUUACCGACCGACUACAAACUUGGAGACGACCUACUACCCAACCCGCCUACUUUUCAGUCAAAAUGGGAGAAUGAAUUUGUUCCCAUGCCAUGUGCUAAGCAGAAUACGAGAAUAGUUAAAGUCCGGAGACAAGUUGAUGCCAGUCAGACGAAUACGGGUGGCGAUGAUGACCGAUCUCGUUUUAGAGAGGAGCGUGUUUUGGUUUGGAGUAGGAUUGAGAAAGCGAUUAACUUCCCGAUUUUGAGCUGCUCUGAUUUUGAAAAUACUCUCAGACAAUACAUUACUUUUAGGUCGGAAUUGAAAACUUUGAAACACUGCGUGGAAACUGUGAUGACUAGAAAUCAACGAGACAAAUUUUUCGCCGAAGUGCUUCCCUGUAUUCAGACAUUGUGCCUGGAUUUGGAAAACAUAGUUACCUGUCCCUUGCCUUUAUUAAAGCAACACAAGAAUCAAAGUAUAUCGCUGAGUCAAAAACAAAUCGCCUGCUUGCUAGCAAACGCAUUCUUUUGCACUUUUCCAAAGCGGUUUGGUGACGACGAGGCACACUAUCCGAGUAUUAAUUUCCUCGAACUUUUUCAAUGUCAAGAAGAUGAUGACGAUAACUCAACAUUAGCUAUGAAAACAAACAAGCUCCUUUGUGUAUUGCACUAUUUUGAAAAAAUUUCAGAUAAGAUGCCGAUGGGUGUGGUAACGUUCACUCGUAGAUCACUUCGACAUUCUGUUGCACCCAAGUGGGAUACACUUCAAAAGCCUUUGACCAAGAUUGUUCCUCUUUUGGAUGGUACGAUUGAAGACGAUGGUGCAGGGAUGCUUCAAGUGGACUUUGCCAACAAAUUCCUAGGAGGUGGAUUUAUGGGUCGAGGAGCCGUACAAGAAGAAAUAUUGUUCUCUAUCUAUCCAGAACUAAUCAUUUCUCGGCUGUUCACAGAAACGUUGACAUCCUCUGAAGCUUUAUUAGUAACAGGUUGUGAGAGAUUCUCAAAGUAUUCGGGAUAUUCUUCAAGUUUUCAAUUCGAGGGCGAUUUCACCGACAGUACUCCCAUAGAUGCGAAGGGUCGUAGAUGCGCCCAAUUUGUGGCAAUUGAUGCUUUAUACAUAACGAGACCAGCGACACAAUUUCAGCCUAAGUAUUUAUCUCGAGAACUGAAUAAGGCAUAUAUUGGAUUUUCAUCUCCUACUUCUGUUACCUCGGUCCCUGUAGCUACAGGUAAGUGGGGCUGCGGAGCAUUCCGGGGCAAUCCUCAGUUGAAAGCUAUUCUUCAACUUUUGGCUGCAUCUCAUGCCGGCAGAGACGUCGUAUUUUUUACGUUUGGAGAUCUUAAAAUUCAAAAAGAAAUCGAAGAAAUGUAUGAAACUAUUAGGAACUGCAAUAUCCAACAAGUUUGGAAACUUCUGUGUCAGUACAACAGCCUGUUCUGUGCCACGUCCAAGCAAAAGUGGGAUUUGUGUGAAUACUUUGUUCGAUUUGCAAAUAACGAUUCCGUACAAAUCCCUGAGGAUUAUAAACCUGGUGGUAGCUUGAAAGCUAAUAAAAUUGGUAAACUGAAAGAAGUUCCUAUUACUCAUUUCUAUACGAGGGAUUCUUCAGCAUCAACAUCAAGAAAUCCAUUUUACAACGACGAGACUGAGGAGUAUGUGACACCCUUAGAGAUGGAUAGUGAAGAUUCCACGCUCCAAUCAAGGAGACCUAUAUUUUCCAAAUCUGCAAGAAGGGAAGAAAUCUCAAAGUUACCCAAAAAUAAAAUCUUAUCAGAGACUGAAAUAAUUGAAUAUCUUCAGUCCGACGACAAUUCGCAGCAAUCACAACAGCCAAAUAUAUAUUCCACAUCCACAUCACCAAUAUAUCAUGCGCCAGAUGAUGAAGAUAACCAGACCACGACUAAUGGCCAUGAAGUUGAACCACUCAACACUAGACGAGAAGUUGGCUCUACAAAAGAAACUCCUACCUUUAAAUUUGUUAAUAAGACACCAAUACCCAUAGAAUCCAGCAAUUCACCACCACGUUCGUCCGUUAAAAGCGAAACAAAGCGACUAUCAUUAUAUGAUUUUUAUCAAAAUACGUGAUAUUGUAAUUAGUGCUUCUACCGUAAUAUUUUUUAGUUUGCUCGUUUUAAUUUAAAGGUUUUGUAUGUAAUCCUGUAUGUUUUAU